GGCAUGAGGUUUUUUCUCCAAUAUGUGGGCUGCUUUUUUGCUUUUUUCUCUGCUGGGUUUUUGAUAACAUCUACCUGGACAGACUGCUGGAUGGUAAAUGCUGAUGACUCUCUGGAGGUGAGUACAAAAUGCCGUGGCCUGUGGUGGGAAUGUGUCACCAACGUUUUUGAUGGGAUCCAAACUUGUGAUGAGUACGACUCCAUCUAUGCUGAGCACCCUGUGAAGCUGGUGCUGACCAGAGCCAUGAUGAUCACAGCAGAUAUCCUGGCAGGAUUUGGAUUUCUCUUCCUUGUCCUCGGAUUGGACUGUGUGAAAUUCCUUCCUGAUGAGCCACUCAUCAAGCUGCGUAUCUGCCUGGUGUCUGGAGUUAUGUUGCUCCUUGCAGGUCUCCCGGGCAUUACGGGCUCAGUGUGGUAUGCAGUUGAUGUCUACGUGGAGCGUUCCUCUCUGGUCUUCCACAACGUGUUUCUGGGCAUUCAGUACAAGUUCGGCUGGUCGUGCUGGCUCGGCAUGGCGGGGUCACUCGGCUGUUUCGUAUCUGGGUCCCUGCUCACCUGCUGCAUGUAUCUCUUCAGAGAAACCAGUUCUGGAAGAUUCCAUCCUGCUUAUUCCUUGAGGAAAGGCUAUUCCUCAGCUGCGACCAUCGUAACAAAUACGCAUUUACCAUCCUCACAAACAGCCACUGCCAAAAUGUAUGCAGUGGACACAAGAGUGUGA